CUUCAACAUGGCGGACGAAGCGAGAGGAAAGGAGUUUUAUCGAACACUGAGCAAAUUUUUAUCAGAUGAGGAGCUCAAAGAAGUGAAAUCACUUCUUCGAAAGGUAAAUUAAUCAACAUGUGUUGUGUUUAUUGGCGCUUAUGUCUCUCGACUUCAUUUCACAGCCAAGGUUACAUGUUUUUUAUCCGUACAUCCCCUCCCCCCCAUCCCUUAUUUAUAAAAUGACUUGAAAUCCGAACCCUCAAGUUUUUGUUUCGCGAUUCAUUUUGAAAAUCGAGAUCCGAAUAGUGAAUAUUGUGUGGGCAUCUUUGACAAUGGAAUGCCCCUGAACUUACUUACAGAGUCCACGUUACAACCAGUACAGCAGAUUGGUCCAUAUGGUAGACUUGGUCGCCCAUAGAACUGCGCAUGCCAUUGGGUUUUCCUCCAGAACUUCUAACAUCUAUUUAAUAUGUAUCACAGAAUGAUGUGGAGGAGAAGUUGGAUGUAAAAUACAGAGACUGGAUAAAAAAACAGGACUUUCGAACAGAGCCAUGUGAUGGUGAUCAAGAUGAAGAAUCUCAUUACAAGGAGAAAAUCGCUGCAAUUUUUGAGAAGUUACUAGAGUUUGCUGAGCCAGUUAUUUUGGAUGAACAUGGUGGGUUAUCUGUUUUUCUCCAUCUUUCCUGGACAAUUUUUAAAGAAACUUUACUGGAAAUGCACAUUUAAAACUCAAUGUCAUUGAAAAAUUACACAACAAAAUCCUCUUUCUGUAGUCUUAAUUAUACAAUUGAGCACAGGGCUGCAAAUAACGGACAGCAGGUUGCCGGUCAUGAUGACCGGCCAAAUAUUUUUUAGCCCGGACAAACCCCGAUUCUGGCCGGUCAAAUAAUGAAUACUAAUAAUUUUUUUUUGCCUAAGGAAUAUCCAAUUAUGCUGGCAAUAGAUCAUUAUUACUACACUGACGUUCACAUUUUUGACAGCAAAUUGGUGAAAAAUGCAUUCGCACGUUGUAGAGUUCCUUUCCGCGGUUUUCGUGCGUUUUAAUGUUACGUUCUACCUUGAGUAUCAUUGCACGGCGGCGUCUGAAGUCUCUAGAGGUAAAAAGUGAAGCGUAAAUCCUUUUCAAACUCCCAAGGUUCAGGAAACGGAAUACACAUACAGUUCAGCAAACUUUAGAAAUUACGAAAAAAAAAAAAAAUUGGUUUAUUUUACAAAAUCUGCACACGUUUGUUUUACGUUGAUGUUCCGAAAUGAACAUCGGUGAAACUUGAUCUUUUUCCUGCCUGGGACGUGAUCGAAAGUCACUUCCUCAAAGAAGAAUUGUCACUGAUAUUUUCGGCAAAGAAGUUGAUUUGCAUUGGCGAGAAGUUUGUUCCACAAACAGCGUGUUGAUGAUCAGAAGUCAAUAAAUAAAUUUGGGUCAUCGCGCAACAUUUUAUCGCGAAGGGCUCAAAUGUCAACAGAAAUUUACAUAAAGUUGUUUACAAGAACGAGAAUCUAGCGCCGCGAUAGACGACGACCUUCCCUCUUGAGUGGCUUAAAUUUUUAUCAGACCAUUCUGGAAUCGUGUCUGCAAACGAGAUUCAUGUUCGACGUAAAAGAAAUUAUUAUUAAUCGAUGUGCUAACAUUUAUUCCCGGAGAAACACAGGACGACCUGUUGAGAAUUGCGAUCGAUUUGCCUGAAUUCCUUCGAAUUCCCAAAGGUCACAUUGCUGAUUACAGCAAAGCCGAAAGUACAGUACGACUUGCAACGUUGCGUUACUUUCCAACUCAGUUUGUUAUUCACUUUGUUGCGUUAGAUUACGACAUGAUGACAUGAAAUUAAUUUAUUGCGGCGUUCUUUUUCUUAGGAGGGUUUAGUGCAAAGCAGCAAAAAAACGCCAAAGAAAAAAGAAAUCAUUCCAGCGUUAUAGAGCAUUAAGCGACAACUGUAUGGAAAAUAAAGUGUUUGUAUCCAAAAAUGACCGAUCAAAAUGACCGGCAAGACCGGAGUUUGACCGGUCAAGUCCGCGAUCAGGCCGGACAUUGUCCGUUGACCGGCCGUUAUUUGCAGCCCUGAGAGCAUAGAAAUGAUGUCAAAAUGUUCAAAUCCUGGCAACGAAACCACUUGCAUGCAGCUUGUUUGGAACAAAAUGGCGUCAUUUCAUGGUCUAUUUAACAAAUAGAUUCUAUGUUGCCUUGCGCCUGUUCAGAAAUAUAUCCCAGAUGAUGUCAAAAUGUGUUAAAAACAAAAAAGUGGCACAUGAGCCACAGGCAAACAUUUACAGGGCUCUUUUUUUUUUCAGUGUCAGUGAUGUUUUUAUCAAAUUUUGAUGGCUUCUGUGAUCUACUGAACAGACCCACGGCAACAUGGAAUCUAUUUGUUUUAUACAAUGAACAGAAAGGAAAAAACAGACAAACUUGCCUUGCACCACUUGACUGUUCAAUGGUUUGUGCCAGUUUAGCCAUUUCUUAAGUCAUACACGCUUCUUUUCCUUUUUCUGCUUCUUCUUUUCUUCUUUGUCUUACUUGUGUUCAGUUUCUCCGAAACGUUUUUCAAUGCCUGAGGGGGUGGGGGGAUUACUUUAGGAAUUUUUGGGUGGGGAUAUGCCGCUGGGACCCAGGAACCCUUAGCCUAUACCAGAGCUAGUUUAGCUGAAGCAACUCUAUAGGUACUAGACUAAACUUCCCAAAUCCCGCCUCCCCUAUCCAGGUAGCCUGUUCCAGGCCUUCAGAUAGUGGGGAGCGGUGCAAAGUAAAAGGGAGCGCGAAAAAGUAAAAGCGAGGGAGGAGGAGAGGUGAGAGAGGGAACGCCUGUUAGAUUUGUUUUAAAUAGACUCUUCCGCCCAGUCAGACCGCAUCAGCUGUAGGUGGUCUUCACUUGUCAAUCAAGACUGGUGUUACAGCCCGAUGCAUUUAUUAUUUUUCUUGCGAAUAAAUCGAAGUUUGUCAGAUCAAAAAUUAAUAUUAUGUAUACAUAAUCUUACUAAAAACCCAAUGUAAGACUUUCAGACAAUAGAAGGCGGGAGAAGUAUUCAUGUAUAAUGAAUUUAUUUACGGCUUUAAAAACAUGAUUUCAGCGUGUACGUGACAAAAAAUUAUGAAUCAAGUGACAAACAAAUAUCGCUCAUUUCGAUAGAAAGCCGUUUCAAUACAGAUCGUUAACUCAAGCAAUGAAAAUGCACAACAAUUGAAGGGAAAAUUUACUAUUCGGUGAUUGAGUGGACCUCGUCAAUAGCGAUAGCGGCAACUUGCUUUCCAAGCUUUUCUUUUUGAAGUCCUUUUGUCCAUUCAUUAGACAACCACGAUUUGGCACUUCAGUAAACAAUUUCACAGCUUCCACUUUUAACGGCUUCAUCCAUAUCUUCUCCCAUCAUUGCCGCCGCUACUCCGAUCUGACUUGUUCAAAUAUUCCACUUGGUCCAUGAUGGUAAUCAACGGAGUUACCACAACAGUCGUAAAUGGCAUUCUAUCCUGCCUUCAUUCCAACGCACGCUUUAUUCGAGGAAAAAACUGGAAAAUAAGAAUUUUUCCAAAGCCAGUCGGUGAGAAAUUGCGAACAUCUAUCCUACCGACUACGUGUUUUAAACAGUUUCGUUGCUCUUCGCUUUUAGCCUCCACGUUUGGAAAGUCACUCAGCGCUGUGUUUGUUGCGAGUUUGAAUUCUGCGUGACGGCACGUAGAGUCUGUCAUAACGGCCAUAUCGCAUUUCUCACUGUGAUCGAAGACGCUCCACUGUUGACAAAAACUGUCAAAAUCAACCAAUCAGAGGGUAUACCAGGAUCUGGUAUACCGGAACGCACUUUUGUUAAGAAUUCUUACAAGCGUUCCCGCACCUCUCUCCCCAGUCCCCCUCUACUUUUCAUCGCUUUCUCUACUCCACACCGCUCUCCACUAUCUGAACGCUUGGAACAGGCUACUAUCCAGGGUACACCGAAACCUAUGUCCGAUUGUCUAGGACAGGUAGAAAUUUAGUUUGGACAUGUCAACCUUUGGCAUGAAUUGUCUGUGGGACAAGCACAUUUUUAAUUAGAAAAAAUAAAGAAACAGUUGAAAAUUGUCUUCAAAUUAUGGUAGAAUUCAUCUUAAAAGUCAUAAAAGCAAACCUCAUACUUGACAAAAUAAGUUUACAUAUUCCUUUUAACUUUGCCAUUCCACAGUCAUUCAUUAUUUUAUUUUUACCAGCUCCAUUUUAGCUUUUAGUCAAAAACAAUUUACAAGGGUGAUAGGCGAUUAAAAGCAUUAAAUGCCUGAUUGUUUUUGAGUUUCGAGUUUUGGAUGGGAAGUGGAUGGGAAACUUUUUCUCUUACUUUGCUAUCCUAGAGUAGUUGUUUUCCGGAAAGUACUGAGGACACUAGCACAGUCCAGCCAAAACAAAACUGAUUUGAUUUUGUUUAUAUUUUUGAGUGACGAUUCCCGGUUUCCCUAGUCUAGACUGAAAAUUAUCUUUAACCAAUUGAUCAGUUUCCUGGAAAAGGAUACCCUGUUCUAGACCCAGACUCUCUGAUUUAUAUACCCUAUCCCAGACUAAACUGCUUGAAAACCAUACCCUUCAAAGCAGCACAUACCUAUAUAGCCCAUAUAUGGCAGUACCCCCCUCCCCUGGGUCUGUACUCUAGUAGAUCAUGGGCAACAACCAAUCACAGUGGGCGUUGCAUAAUUUACAUCAUUGUUUAAAAGAGUAUAGAGCAAGGAAUAUUUUUUGUUGAUUGUCCUCUAAGACUGAAUGCUUUAUCUUUUCAAGUGCUCCCAAUAUUAAUUUAUCAAUACAUUUGGAGUCAGCAGAUUUACUAUUUUAACAGGCUCUCAAUUUGUCAGUAAAAAUUAUGCCUGCAAUGUGUUCUAGGAGUCACUCAAUUGUUAACUGCCGGCCUUUUUAUCCUGCAUCAUUUAUCAGUCUGUCAAAUAAAUGAAAAAAAAUUGAUUUUGAAAUUGGUGGCCAGUCAGUUUUUUGAAUAGUCAAUGUAUAAUUUAGGAUAUUCAAUUAGACAUUGAGAACAAAAAUGUGUUUGCCAUUUUAGGAUGGGAUAAAGAAGAAAUGAUGACGUAUCAUGCACAAGCUUUUACUGUCAUGAAAAUUUGUCAGUUGUUGUGCACUGUGUUCAAGGAUGCUAAACAAAUGGAGCCACAGAGUAGAUUAACUCAGGUACCAACAUGUUUCAAUUAUACUACUACAUGAGAAAUUUCUGCAUUUGAUUGGCUUUGAGCAGUAGUAUUUCAGCUUGAGUAUUGAUUUGAAUAGUAUUUCAGUUUGAAGUACGUGUGAAAAUUACAAAACCUUUGCGGGUAGUAGUAUAAACAAAUAAUAGCAUGAUUUGUACAUGAUAUUUGGCAUAAAUACCACUCGUUAUAUUUCAAGAUUGUCUCAAAUUUCACUCACCUAACAGCUCAUGAAAAUUAAUUACAAAUAACAAUAAUAUUUUAAGAUAUCAACCGUGGUUAAUUUAUGCCAAAUAUCACUACUAUUACCCAUACUUAUUACUUCUAUCAUAAUAUGAAGGAUGCAAAGACAGCAGCUGCUGCUGUCAUCUUAAGGCUUAUUGGUUUAAAUGUUCAAGCCCAAGUGAGCCAUGUCCAGCCCGGACCAUGACAACCAGAGUUUCUUUAUUUCUUACUUAGUUCGACACUUCUGAGAGGUGUGGAAGUGUGGAUCGAAAGGUCUGACAAGGUCAGGUUAAAGUUGCACUUUUUCCCCUUGUCAUUCUUUACUUACAUGUACUUGUUGUUCCGCACUUCUCAGAGGUAUGGACGUAUGGAAUAGUCUGACAGUCGAGAUAUUGUCACACUCUUUCCCUUGGUAAUGAACCCGUCAUCAUUCCAGCUUUACUUAGUUCCACACUUCUCAGAUGUGUAGAGCUGUGGAUGAAUAGUCUGAUGUAAACAGGAUAUAGUCACACUUUUCCUCCAGUCAUUAACCCCUUGUCAUUCUUUACUCACUCACACUUCCUUGAGGUCUGGAAGUGUGGAAUAGACUGACAAAUUCAGGAUAUACAUGUAGUCGUACUUUUCUCCAGUCAUGAACUUGUUAUCAUUCUUUACAAUGUACUUAGUUCUAUAGUUCUCUGAGGUGUGAAAGUGUGGAAUAAUCUGAGAAAGGAGGAGCUAAGUAAAGAAUGGCAAGGGGUUCAUGACUGGAGGAGACAUGAGACAAUAUCCUGACUAAUUUUUUAUUUGAGAUGCGUAUACAUGUAAUUCCGUUUUUGAAAGUGAAAUGCAGGUCCAAAGGAAAAUUUGGCACACUUAGUACUUCAGCUUUGUGAAGUAAGUUUAGAAUGUGUUUCUGUUUUUUUUAGUGUUCUUGAUACUGGUUAAUGAUGUUUUUAUGAUCUUUUUGUCCAAUAAUAUCUCUGUUACGUUUACAUGUAGCUUCCAUAAACCAGUCAUUUUUGAGACAAAAAUCACGGGGCUGCAACUUUCUCUGUGCAGCAGUGGAGAGCAGAUCCGACCCCCUUUGAAUGCACCUGUCAGACUAGAAAAGUUUUAAAUAUUUUUGAUUUUACUUUAAAAAUAAACUUUUGUCUGCAGUAUUUCAUAUAAGGAUGUAGUUAAUUCUAGAAAAUUAUGUGUAACAUUUGGCCAGGAAGGAUGGAAAUAAUCUAUAAUGAGCUGGGAUAGAGUUUGAACCAUCAAGCUCAACUUUGUACCCUGCAAUAUAUAAUGAUUCUUGCAUGUGAUGGAGUAUUACAUGAUUCAGCUCCUUCUGAUCAGCUGCUUGCUAAAAGGUGUGUCCAUUCCACAGACUGACAAGAAGUAUGUCUUGAGAAAAUCAGCCUGUUGUUUGGUGUCAUUAUGCGCAGCAAAUGUAGAAGGGCAUCCCUGGACAGAUGAACAAUCAAAGACUACUGCUCAUGGUCAGUAUCUUAAAAAUAGAUUUAAGACGGUAUAUAAUAGGGUUUCCAAAUCCCGCUUCCCGCCACUAUUUCUUCUUUCUUCCCGCCAUCCCGUUUUUGCUUCGGACGUGUCAUCCCGAUCCCGCUACCAAAAUUCUUUUCUUUCGCGACAGACGCAUUUUUUUUCCGGUUGGACACGAUUUUUGCGGGUUAGGGUUAGCACUACAAUUCGGUCUUUGCUCACAAUAAGACUGCGGCAGUCAGUUUAGUUUGUUAAAUUUUUCCUCUUUUGGGUAAGUUUUAGUCAAUCAAACAAAAGUUUUCUUCAGCGGAGAACAGCGCAUGGACCAUGACAAAGGCCCUCAGUCACACCAAACAAGAAAUCACAAACAGUUAUGCCUGGAAUCAGUAUCUAUGCCCAGGUUUAUUCAGAAAUCCUUACAUAAGACUUUCCAACCCCAGGAAGUUGUUCGUUUUAGCCCCUCUUUUAUUUUAUAACCGUUUUCGAGUAUAUUCUCUAGAGUACAUUGCAACACUGUGCUGACCUGGCACUUGUGAUGGACAUAAACAUGCUGAUUGUUCUCCACAUUAAGGGUCAUACAACUCAUGCACGAAAUUCGUGUUGUCGCGAAACGUUUUGAUGAUGUUUCAAGUCCCAUCUUAGCAGCUGCACCGAGUUCACUGUUUCGGUGGCAACACUUCCAUGAGGACCAUCAAAGUCUGUGGCAACACGCAUUCCAUAUUAAUUUUGUCAGGUUUCUGAGGAAUGAUACAUUCAUAUUAAGACAGAAUACAUUAGGAAAUUGAGUAAUUUUAAUUCUCAGUGGACAAAAACCUUGUACCAGAAUAAUUUAAACAAUAUCGUAUUCUUUUUUUUUUUUUACAUUUUUCAAGGGCUAUAGAUUUAAUAAGUUAUUUGUAAUAACACUAAAGACAACUUCUUAUGAGAACCCGAGGACGAACCUGAGAAAAUAAAUGUCAAAUUUCACAAAAUGACAUCUUACACCUGAAGUUUUCAGAAUUUUGCCUGUGUUUUCACACUUCUUGUGAAAUGGGGUGUAUUGAUGACAGUGCAACAGGAGUACAGGAGACUGGUGUAUGCUGUAGAAGGCUUUUUUUUCAUAUUGCUUUUAUUUCAGAAUUACUGGCUCUUAUUUGCUCCUAUUGUCACUGUUCAUCUAUUUCUGAUCUCCUCUGUGGCUGCGUUGAGGUGAAUUUAAGUGAAACAUCUGCCAAGGAUAAUCCAGAAGACAGUCGACAGACGUUUAACACACUGUUUCCAUCAGGACUGUUCAAACAUAUUCUAGAUUAUCUUAAACCGUAUCUCCUCAAAGACACUUGGAAAAAAUCUCCACUGGCUCGUCAUGUCUUGGUGUGGUGUACUCUAGGCUUGAAGGUAUGAGGAAAUUAACAAACACAAAGGUUAAAUGUAAAAACACUUUAAUUAAUAAUAAAUAGAUGUAAAACUGUACAAGGGUUGAACCCAGGAGUCAUUUCAUAAGUAGGUUUAGGAUGAUCGUCGGAGUGAGCGUAGUCCUGAGUGGCUGAAUAGGACUGUUGUUGUUGACAGUGACUGACGUUUCAACAACCUGUGCGGUAGUCAUCUUUUGAGUCAAAGUGAGUUGUAUCACGUCCGUUGAUGGUAUUAAACUCUGGUUAUUGACCUGAUUGGUCAAUUAAGUCGCAAUAUUAUUGGUCGUCUGUCUGUUAAGCCGUGAUGUUAUUGGCUAUGAAGACUGGUAAUGUCGUUGGUGCGUUUUGAUGCGUCUAUUGUCAGAGUUAAACAGUCGUUUAUUGUUAGUCAAAUUGUCAGCGAUGUCCAGUCGUCCUCUCGCGUCUUAUCUAAGUACAGCCGUGAACACCUGUUCUGAGAUAAGACGUAUCUUACCUAAGACGAGCUAAGACGUGAAAAGCUUUGCAAUGAAUGACCUUCCCGUCUUAUUUACCUGUAAGAUGCGAACGCAUCGUACGCUGCAUGCGUUAAUUUUUGGAGGGAUUGACCAAUAACUAUUUUCUACGUAAAGACAUGCUCAUAUAAAUGUGACAGUUUGCAUGUUAUUUAGGAUGUGUCUUGUGUAAAACGCGUCUUAUUUUUCCUCCUGUAAAUGAUGCUAUUGUGUCUCAUACAAACGGCUCAUCACCUUUUUCCAAUCUUUGCUUGGUAAUCACAAUUGCUGCGCACUUGUAAAAGUCCCUCCCUCACUGUGAGACAGAACAUGUACAGCUGUAACUGGGGUCAACAUGUCCUAUACUCUUUUCAGACAUUGUCAGUGUGGGUGCUUUGAUGUCAUAUUUGAAUUGAAAAGCGCUUUUGAAGAUAUAGGUCUCAUGAUCACGGCAUGACACAAACAGGUGCCCUUUGACACGAUCAUUUGAUCUGAGACAUCUGAGAUAAGAUCUUAAAUCACAGCCAAUCCCAUGUCACCAGAUUAUAACAGACCCGGCUAGGGCUGAAAUCCACUAGCUAUGGCUCGCCGGAGUGGUGCUCUUCCAACCAAGCUAACAGGGUGAUGUGUAAUGUACAUAAUAUCUUUUGAAGUUUACCCUUAUACGGGACAGAGAAGAUUACUUUCUGUGAGAGAAUUCUUGAACUUUUUCUUCCCAAACUAAGUGAAAGUUUUUAUUUUUUAUUUUUAUUUCUAGAUGCAUGUCUGACAUGCCUUUAUCAGUGACUGGGAAAGAAAAUAGUGCGUUUUAGAUAACAUUCAUUUUUGUUGUUUGACAGCAUCCUUUUGUUGGUGAUCAUUUCCCUAAACUGAUGUCUCCACUCUUGCUGUUUAUAGAUGAUUAUGAGGUACAAGACUUCCAUGAUUUGAAUUUUUUCGCAUCGUACAACAUGCACCAAUAGACGAACACAAUCCAUUCACCCAACCAAGGGUCGAUUUGAUAAAACCUUUACAAAAAGUAUAAUUUACAAGUGUAGCUUUUGUUUUCAGGCUCUAAGGUAAUGGCUACACGUGUAAAAUACACUUCUUAAAGUUAUCCCCGCAAUGAUGAAAAUUAAGUGUCAGAAAUCAAUUGAUUAAUAAUUAUUUUAUGUUUCAUCAGGCUUAAAGGAGCUAUGUCACGGAAGUCUAGUUCGCCUUGUUGAUAAUGCCAACAACGUGUCUUUGAUCUCUAUGGACAAGUAAAUUACAAUUACAAUUACAAUUACAAUUACAAUUACAAUUGUCAAUUACAAGUAAAUGACAAUUUCCUGUCAAACAAAUAUGUCUCUCAUGCAUUAUAUCAAACGUUGAAAACAACAAAAAUGAACUUUAUGAAACUGUUUGGCUGACAAAACCUCAAUUGCAAUCCGUUUCAGUCUUUUCAAGUUUGUCCGUCCUUGCCUUUUCUUGUUAUUGAUUUGUACCUUCUUUUAAUGUUUUGAGCUGUUAUUUAGUUUAUUUUUAUGUUUCACUCAAUUUGGUGGCAACUCCCACUGUUUGAAUUUUGAUAAAUUUCGUGACACAGCUUUAGAGAGUUGGUAGCUACAUGGUAAUAAGAAGCUUUUGCGUUUUCAAUUUUAAUGUCCUUUUUCCCUUUCACAAACAGGUAGAAAACAAAGUCUUGGGUUUAAAAUGUUUGAAGCACGUCGUUGAUAACAUGGUAUGUAGAUCGUUUAUAAGUGACUGAAAAAAUAAAACCUUUUUUGGAUCAGUAUAUCAGAAACUAUUCUUGGGUUAUUUUCGAUUGUAGAAUUCAGCAGAACUGCAGUGGUAUGGAAGGGCUGAUGUUCUUUUUGAGGUAAACUGACGCACUAGAAUUUUUUUAGAAAUCAGUUAGUAUGCUGCAAUUAUAUUUUUGAAGUGCAGUAGUCACUUACUCGAAGAUCAGUUCUAUUCCUAUAUUGUAUGCAGACUCCUAAAGGGGGGUAUUCCCUAUAACGGCCUAUAGGGGGACAGUGGUACCUUUUUCAGCUUCAGGUAUAUGAAAAGGUUGGGAAUUCAAGAGUUGUGGUAUAUGAAAGGGUAGGAAAAUGUUGUAUUUAAGUAUUUAAAAGGGCCAUUAAUUGAUAAAAUGUUUCGAAAAGACUCGCGUUAUGGCUAUAUCUUUUCUGAAAGAUCGAAUAGUCCUGUGUGAAUAGAGGAAGAGAGAUGGAUCGGAUUUGCGAAUUUUGAGAGGUAGAAUGGUGAAAACGAUAACGUCCUUGCAGGCGUUUGCUUUCCUCCUCGUGCUUCUUACUUUAUCCUUUCCCUUCUUCAAACGUGUGCCACAACUACACGUUAAGAUGUAAAGAUGAAAGCAUUCACACCAACAUUGACGUAGGGCCGGCAGUUAGUAUUCCUUCACAGAAAAAUGUUCUACCAAUUACUUUUUCACUGUAGAGCAUUUAAAGACCGUUCUUUAAAUUGAGACGGCCAUAAAAAUUAUUAUCACAUUUUACUAGGCCACUCAGCGUCACCUGUACACUAGCGAGGCUUGCUUGGUUCGAGUUCUUCACCCUUGCUUAUUAAGCAUCCUCAAGGUGCUGGAACCACCUCCAACGAAACCCAAGUUUGGAAGAAAAGUAGGUUGGAUUAAUUUUAAUAUUCCUAAUAUUAUUACCAAUAACACUACCACUAUUUGGGUGGUUAAUACAUGAAAUGAGAAAUAAGCUGAUGGGUAAUAUAGAUAGAUUGCUUACUUCAAAAAUCUUUGGGCUCAGUCUCGUAUCUAUGACUUAAAGUACGGAGGCUGCCCGUGAUAAUUUACCCUCCCCUCUUCAGAUUGUACUAGGGUUUCCUUCUGCUGGGAGAGUCCGUACUACCCAUGAAUUUUCACUGUCUUAAAUCACUUAAGAGAGAUCAGAGAGUCGUUAACCGGCGAAGAUCAGUUGGCAGAUUCGUUAAUUCGGCAAACGAUAAACGGCAAAUUUAAGAUAAGAAUUUCUCAAAAAAGAAUUUAAGCUGAUAAAAACAGUCGAAAACAAGGUUUACCUCGGGGUAAAAACCUGUGAAGUUUUUCUUUGUUUUCUAGCCAUUUUUUUCCUUGGCUCUAUUGUGUUGACUUCUCAGUGGCUUCUUUGUAUUCACUGUUUGACGUCACUCGUGAGUUUCACAGGUUUUUACACCGAGGAUGAGCCAAAAUCAAUUUUUAUGGAUGAAAAUAAUGUGAAACUAAUAAUUUUGUUCGUCGAACUAAACAAAAGUUAAAGACAAGUAAAGGGAAAGCUUGGUCACGUGGUACAAAUUCACGUUUGCCGCUUGCUGUAAACAUGAAUCGAACUCUAUGGCAUAAUUGGGGGAUUCCUUGCUUAGUUUAAAUUUCGCAUUCUGUGGUCCCGAAGUUACAAUGCCUUUUAUUUUAAACAUAUUAUUCCUAGGUAAUGUUUGUAGCUAAGGUGACAACGAACAAAAAUUUACAUAAAAAGAUGUAAAUUUUUGUUCGUUGUUAAAAUAACUUUCUGGUCUCGAAACUCACUGUUUUUAUAUUGCAAGCACUUAUCAUUAGGUCAUUUUAUAUCUCCUCACAGACAACCAAAUGCGACUCAGUGUUUCAAAUAAUGCUGACAUCUAUGGAGUUUGAAGGCAAGAUAGCGAUGAGGCGGGUAAGCGAGACGCCUAUUUCAGGCAAAAUACUUUUCAUGCAGUCUUCGUGGUGGUAAUGGUCGCUCAAUCGAUCCUCAAUGUGUAUUCUACUCACCAUUUAAACAUUACGUCAAAUUAGGGCCAAUGGUGGAAAAAAUACGUCUUGAAAGCUCUAGCUAUUUUACCAAGGAAUUAAUUUUCUUAUCAUCGACCUUCAACUCGUGUACAAUGAUAUUAGGGAAAUUAAACACCUGACGUUCUUGGUACCACGGACGCCAGCCGGAAGUAUUUUUGCCGCAUGACAGCCACUGCGCAUGUCAAGACGUUCUUGAGCUGCGCUCACGGACUUCAAAACGCGAGUUCUCUAGUUGAAACCAGAGGUUCAAAUUCUGGGUUCUUCGAAGAGUAUUCGUUAUAGAAAAGUAGAAAUUCUUCGUCUGAAAUCAUGUUUUCUUCGUAUGAAAGAAACAAACCUUAACGCAAAUCUUUGAAAGACAUUUUCGACUGAAUUAUUCUGUCGGCGUUCGUGAUGGUUUCACGUUGUAUUGCCGGUAUGAUUUUCGUGGCGGUGCCAAAGCUAUCCGACAUAGUGUUAACAUAGUUUUAGUGUCGUACUUACAAGGAUUUGUCUUUAUCACCCCAUAAAUUGAACUGUGAUCGCUCGCUCCCAGGCAUAUUUCUCAAACUGUACUGACUAGAGCCUUAUUACAUUUACAACUAAUCAAGUGAAAAGGUUUGACUGUGACUGUGUUUCCACCAGGCGUGUGCAAGUCAAUUGAGAGAUUAUAUUGAGCACAUGGGAAUAACCAUACUGCGUCACUUUAAGGUAGGGCUUUUUUUUUUUUUUAUUAUUAAUCAUUUGAGGAUUACUAAGUCUAAGGGGCCAAUAAAACCUAACGACACACUUUAGAGCUAACAUCUGGUAUUAGAGUGAUAAAGAGUUUGACUGGACAGAGUGCGUUAGCUGUUAUUUUAAAUAACGUGAAGAUUGAUGGAACUUACCCCAGGCUCAAACAGGUUUAGGGUUAGAUUUAGAAUGGUUACGGUAUCAAAAAUUCCAAUUUGAGAUUUGAGUUAAAGGAAGAAUUUGAUAAAGGCCUAAAGCGGAAUAAUGCUUGUGACAUCUCCAUAACUUGCAACUUGCCGCGCCACCAUGCUGCAAUUUGCAUGAUCCGCCCCACUUGCUUGAGAGUUUUUCAUGUUGCAGAAAGUACAUGUCGCCUCCUGGUUUCUCGUGAUAGUAGGACUAAACAAUCAAAACCGUUAAACACCUUUCUGGAAAGUAGAAAGAAGAAAACAUUUCGGGUAAAAACACAGACAGAUUUGCCGUUAUAAGUGCCGCGCGAGAAAACGUUACGCAAAGUUGGAGUGGACAGAGGGCUUAGACGUAAAGGAAUAAUUCUUUUACGGACGUAGAUGUAAUAGUUGUUUCUUUUGGUUUCUCUUUUUUAGCGACUUUUGAGAGUUAUCGUAUCGUACUUGGAAGUAAGCGAUUAUCCCGAGGAAGAAGCCAGGCUAGCCAUUUUAGACGCUUUAAACACCGCAAUACUUUACGCAUGGCCAAGGUAUGACAUAUGACGUCGUUACCUUUUCACUCACAAUUCGCCACUUUAACAACGGCGAGGAAACUGGGCCGAGUUUACUUUCGCGAAGACUUCUGGGACUGACACUAGGGAAAGGAAAAAAAACUGGCCAAACGGAGCUUAAGCAAAGGCGUUUUGAGCGACUCACGUCAACAGGAAGUGAGACGUUUUCUCUCUAACAUGCUUUGGCGCUGCCAAGUUUGAAAUGCCGAGUGUGAUUCUCUCAUACAGACGAUUUGUUUAAAAUUUUGGGCAAAACCACUGCCGAAUUGGCUCUGAGUAAAUAGCCCAUUCGGUCUUCGGCCUCAUGGCCUAUUGACUCUGAGGCCAUGAGGGCGAGAGUAAUAAUUGUUUUAGUAAAAUCCUACUAGUUGGUCAAAAAUAUCGAGAAUAAAAAAGUUUUAGCUAGUUAAAGCUAGACUUUAAUCCUUUUUUGCCGCCAAAAAGCCGGCGCUUUUCGAGCCUAGUAGUAGGUCAACCAAUCACAGCGCAGCAUUGAUAAUAGACCACAAGUUGGAUUUUACUAAUGAAAUAUAUACCUACGCCAUGUUGCCCAACAUAAGCCUCAAAUCAACAAUGAAUUAAAUUGACUGGUCCAAUGAUUUCUGUUUAGGUAUGUUUUCUUGUCGGACAUUAAUGAUUUAGAUUUACGAUACAUUUCCGGACGUUUACAACAAAUUGAACUGUAAACUUUUGUUUUACUAAGUUCUGCAUUUUGUUUUGGACACAAUUUAUUAGUAAAGGGCAGUUUCGUGUCUUACAACGCAUGGUUACUGAACUGAAACGUGCACGCAAUUGCAAACUUGGCUGAUUACUAAGGUGCCGUUUUCUUUGUAGGAUUCCACAACACAGCUCCAUGAUCCUGAAAUCGCUUCUUAAAUUACUUGUUGAUACGACAGAUUCAGCUCCUUAUUUAACAACCCAAGGUUAGCUUAUUACUUUAUACGCUGUUUAUUUACCAGGACAUCUACCAAGAAGGGAAGGUGGAAAAUUUUGGUUGUAUACUUUCAUUUUCUCCUGUGCAGCUUAUUUUGGUUGAAUGAUCUGAUUUAUUAUUCACGAACAGACCUUUCCACUGUUUUCUUAGCUCCUCAAAGUUCGAGAAAUUUUACAGACGUUUGUAUGGUGGGUCAGAAUAUUAAGUAAACGUUUUUAAAAUACUGAAAAUACUGGUCAAUACGUUGUUUGAAUGUAAUGAAUUCUGAUCAUUUGCAAAUCGUCAUUUUAAAUUUGGGCAUCGUUUCGCCAAUAGCUAUGAAUCAUGGCGACUUCGCCGAUUUUUGCCCAGUAUACGAUUAGACGUUGGAGAAGCAUCGAGGACCACUGCAAGUUACGCCGCGUUUUUAUCUUACUUUUUAGGGCGAAACGCAUGCAAAAAGUUUUAAUGUACAAGUAAAAGCUCUGUUUUAUUUUAACGACAGUCAACUCUCUCAUAGCGACCACUUACUGAAAGCAACCACUUUGAAAAUAACCGUUUUGUUUCUCAGUGAAAUACUGUUUCAAAACGUUCUCGUAAGCAGCCACUAAAUAAAUUUCUUAAUGACCGCGACCACUUUUUAAAGCAAAAAUUUGGCAUAUUCUUUUGUUUUCUGUUUCCCGUAAGCGACCAGCCGGCAUGAUCACGUAUGAUUGAAAGAAAACCACUGCUCGAAUGUUACAAAAGUUCCGUUUUUAAAAGUGUUGACCAAGCGUGGCAACAGAUUAAUAGCAUUUGACUUACAAAAAAAGAUGGUUGUAAUACGAUCUCUAGGUAAAAGGGUGUAUUGUAACAUUGAUGCAAAAUGUUAUGUACAAAGUUUCAACAGUUCCAAGCGCUCUUCGAUGUGAAACAUGAUUGCCAGUUGCUUGUUUUUCGCCGAAGGUUUUGCUUGUUAGGUAAUAACUUUAUGCAAGCACAUUAAUCAGUUCAGUUUCAGCCUAUUUUCUUGAUCUCCCGCAGGGGCCCACCUCCUGUAAGCGACCACCUUGUCGUACACCAAGGGUGGUCGCUCACCAGAGAGUUGACUGUAUAUCUUACCCUGCGAGCAGAUCCUUCUCCUGUAUGGCUUUUAGCGUUUAAGAAGACUAUUUAUUUAAUCACUUCCACCAUAUGGUGCGGAACACACAGCAGAGCAAGGCUCCUUGCAGAUAACCCACCCAGCCCAGGAGAGGUUGGCCACACCACAGGGGUCUACGUCCCCUACUCUGUUCGAACAGUGGUGUGGGUUCUUUUACGUCCCGCAAGAACUAGAUAAGUGAAAGUGCUGUGGAACGGGACCUACGGGUUUUCGUCCUUAUCCGAGAAGACUAGAAAAUCUAACCGUUUGCAGAUGUCAUUGCAAAGGCAGCACUUUCCCCUCAGUUAUUUGAAGACCCUGAGUGUUGGUCCGGCCGGGGUUUGAACCCGCGACCUCCCUUUUAGCAGACCGAGACUCUCCCAACUGAGCUAACCAGGUGACCGUUGUUGUUCGGGUUGCAUGUCACAAAGUCGCGUAGGUGGUGUGAUAAACAAACCAACUACGGCGAGUGACAUGCGACGCAAAUGACUUCAUAAACGCUAAAGGCGAUGCACGAGAGAAACCACCCAGUGCUUGCAAGGUAACUACAUGUGAACCCCCCAAGCUCGUUAAAAAGUUCCAGAUGUUGAUUUGUCAUUGUAUUUUUCGACUUCCCAUUUCAGCGUAUCAGCAAUUGAAAGAAAAAACUGCGGAGUGCUUCCUUCUCCUUGUGAGAUGUUGUGGAAAACCAUUCAAGGUAUGCUAAUCAUGACAAAAUAAGCAAGCAAAGAAACAGUGUCCACCUACUGGAAAAAAUUCUCAUACGUUCCCCUUUAACGGUACAAUUGAGGAACUUAACUUGGUUGUUCGUUUAAAUUCCAGCCCUUCCAAAAAAAAUCGCGGUAGACGUUCUGUAUGUAGAAUCUGUAUAUCAACCCUGUUCAAUAAUUUUCUUCACUCUAACCGCGGACAUAAUUUACCUAACAAAAUUUAAAGGAAGGCAGGUUCAGCGUUCGAGCGUUGCCCAUUGUUCGUUUUUUCAACGUUGACACAGUUUGCUGAAUAAAUUAAAACUGUAAUUAUUUCAAGCGUCAAGAAAAAUAGGCCGCGUUUUUGUUUUUACGUCACGACUACACUACUUUGAGUUUGAGUGUUUGUCGUGCUCUAGAAGUGUCUUAAGCUUUAGCUUUUGCCAUGGCUUCUUAGUUUUUCUUCUUGUGAUCUUCAAAGUCCACCUCGAAUGUAGCGUGUUUCCCGUUUUAAACAAUGAACACCAGUCUUUUUUAUUGGAGAGAACGAAAUGUAUAAACUAUAAAAUCCCUAGAAAGAUAUCCUCGCCAUGUUGAGUGACAGAUUGUAAAUGUGUGACGAAUACUACACCUUAUUAUUUUUUGAGUUAUCCGCUUUUUAGUUGUUAUUCUUGAGUGUUGUUUAUGAUGUGAUGGUGUUGGUGGUGGUUCUUUAUUGUUAGAUUUUCUCUAAGCAGUUAUGUCUUGGGCUCACAGUUCUUAACUUUUAACCUGACUUCAGGUUUUACUUUCGUGUUUCUUGUUUUGUUGCGGGAAAGUUGAAAGCGUUACUGAAUAACCUGUUCCAGGCGUUCAGAUAGUAGAGCGCGGGAGAAAAUUAACGAAGAAAGAAAAUUCACAAUUUAACUCGCUCCCCACAAUCUGACCUGACCGCUGCGCUCUAAUACCUGAAUGCCUGGAACAGGCUAUUCAUCACCUCGAGUCAUCUUCAGAAUCUCUCAUCUAAAUGACUAAAGCAGAGGUUGUCGAAACAUCAGUCACUGUCAACAACAAUCCUGUGCAGAAUUACACUCGCCUGAUCAUAUUUCACCUACUUAAAAUAUGACGUUUGGGUUCAAACCAUUCACAGUUGCUCUUCUACUUUUAAUUUACUGUAGGAUCAAUUACAGGAGUUAUCCAAAGGUGUCGGACACAGUGAAGUAGAAGAGUGCGCGGCGAACGCUUUGAAAGACUAUGAAAGUGAAAUGACUGACUCGAUUACUUGCCAAGUUGCAGAUGUCACAUGA